GUAAAUUGCAAUGAAAAUGGCGUCCUGUUGUCAGGAUCGGUCUCGAUAAAAAUUAAAAUCUGUAAAUUUUUUAUGACCCAUGCAACAUCAAAUACCAUGAAUUAAUAAAAACGAAUCUAUUUUGACUGCAUUCACUGUACAACCGAGUAUUUUUCUAAGAGAUCCAAAAGAAAACGUAGAAAUUGGGAUAAUAGGGCUUUCGGCAAUGAGCCGAGAAUUCUCAUCAAAAUAGUGCUGUGAGGUGCAAUGUGUGUGUGCCGUAGUCGGACUUUUCUAUUUGUUACGAAUUAGGAAACUACUGCCUUCAGGCAAUCCAGCACCAUAUACUAUGUGCUGGACGGUGUAUUCGUUUUCGUAAAAUGGAAAAAAGUCGCCAUGGAAAACAUAGUAAGGAUAAAUCUAAACGAAAAAAGCGUAGAAAUAGAGAUGAAAACGGUGCAAGGGACAAUUCCUUAGCAACUUCCAAAUCUUUAGUUGAAUACUCUGAUGUGAGUUCUGAAGAUCUUUCAGGGCCUGAAGCAGGAGAGAUACAAAGCGGUGAAGACAGUUUACUGACACUGAGUGAUGAAGGAGAGAUAAUGCAUCGAAACAGCCACCACAGUCGUUAUUCUCAUUAUGAGGAAGAGAUAUACUUACCAAGACAAUCCCUAAUAAUGUCUCCAGGUCGGAGACACAGAUUAGACCCGCCGAUGGUACCAAGGACGCCGUCGCCAUCGCUAUUAGGUCACAGAGAACGUAAACUCUCCGUAUCGUCGAGAUCGUCCCGAUCCAGCGACGUUAAACACAAACGUAAAGUAGAGGUCUCGCCGCCCGAGUACCUGGCACCGCCUCCCGCCGUCGACGAGCUUGAUGCCGAGCGCAAGAGACGGAAGCGCAGGGAGAAGAAGCACAAGAAAGACAAGAAAAUCAAAAAGAAGAAACGAAAAUCCAAGCACCGUUCGAGGAGUACGAGCCUGAGUUCUGUGGACAGCGAUUCGCAAGAAUCGGUUGCCAGCAAAAGAUCGGCGUCCUUCAGCGGCGCUGGCCACUCGCACCAACCGCCGGAACCGGAGAAGGAGCCGCUCUCCGAUUGGGAACCGGAACCGGUGGCUGCGGCGUCCAGAGUGCCCGCUCCCAUCGAUACGAUUGCGUGUUCGCCGGUGUCGAACGACAGCAUAGCCUCCCCCGAUCCCAUCGAGGAAAAGUCUCCGGUGUCGAUCACUCCGCCGCCCCGGAGCAGGGACUAUGGUGUCCGGAACCACCACAUGAGGGAAUCGCCUCACACCCCACCGCUUCUUGUCAAGAACCACUAUCACUUGGACGAGUCUAAUCAUCCACGGCUACGGGAAUCACCGACCGUAAUCGACGACCAUUUGUCACGGCGCAGCCCCUCGCUGAAAUCGCCAUAUCGAAACCCGUCGCCCGAAUACGGAAUGUACUCGUCGCACGGCCGAUCCGUAUCGCCGUCGUCGUCCAGACGUCGACGUCUCGACUCACGAGACCAACAUCAAUAUCAACACCACACUCGGAAGCACAAGAGGGAACGGGAACGCGACCGAGUGCGCAGUAGUGAUAAGAGGCCGGGGCGUGGUAUGAAUUCGCGCAGUCGCAGUCCCGUACCAAGAAGACGUUCCCGUAGUCCGUACUCUAGCCGGAGCAGACACUACAGUCCGUCGCCUAGCAGGAGGAGCAAGCGAUAUAAGUCACGAAGCCCUCGUAGAGACAGGGACCGAUCGCCCAACAGGCACAGACAUAACAGGAGUCCCUCUCCGCACUCGAUUAGGUCGUCACAGCUUAAAAAUAAAAUUACGGACACAAGUUUAUUUGCGGAAUUAGUGAAAGACAAACAGAAACGCGACCAAGAACUUAAAAAACUUCUGGAAAAUAACGUGGCUGCAGAAGCCGCUUCUAAAGAAGCGGAAUCCAAAGCGUCCGAGAACAAUAGUAGUGUUAGUGGUGGUGAUAUAGUUGACGGUUUCAAAUCGUCGUCCUCGUCGUUAUCGGGUUUACUGACAACGGACAGUACUGUAGUGCCCAUGGACAUCGACGACAUCCCGAUACCGUCGGAUAACUCUUCCGUGAAGUUGAACGACAUUGCCUUACCUGGAACCAACGUCUUGCGACCACCCACUCCACCAUUGCCUCCCCCAGCACCUGCGGACGGUGCCACCAAUGAUGGAACAAAAGGCCCAAGACCCAAAGGAUUGAAGAGACUUCCCAUGCCGCCAGGCAUCGAUCACAAUGAAUUGGAAGCGAUAGAAUCGCCUCCCAGUAGGUCCCCUUCCCCCAUCAAACCAAAGACACCUCCCAGGAAGAGCAUUAAAGAUCUCCCAAUGCCCCCACUUGUCACUGGUACUGAAGAACUGAGUGGCGAUGAAGAUAUCACGACCACACCACCGCGAAAUAGCAAAAUUGACAAAUCUAAACAAGCACUUAAACCAAAGUACAAACGUCCGAAAAUUCUUAGGAGACGUGGAUCACGCAGUUUCCAAGCCAUCAGUGGUAAAGAUUGGGGUGAACGGUGCAUCGACAUGUUCGAAGUCAAAGAACAGAUUGGAGAAGGAACUUACGGUCAGGUGUACAAAGCGCGGGACGUGCAAGCUAACGAAUGGGUCGCACUGAAGAAAGUGCGUCUCGAAAACGAAAAGGAAGGGUUCCCAAUCACGGCUAUUCGAGAGAUAAAGAUUCUCCGGCAGCUGAACCAUAAGAAUGUGAUCAACCUGAGGGAAAUUGUGACUGACAAGCAGGACGCCAUCGAUUUUCGCAAAGAAAAGGGGUCGUUUUAUUUAGUUUUCGAGUACAUGGACCACGAUUUGAUGGGACUGCUCGACUCUGAGAUGGUUGACUUUAAUGAAUUGAACAAUGCCUCGAUCAUGAAGCAGCUCUUAGACGGGUUGAACUACUGUCACAAGAGGAAUUUCCUGCACAGGGACAUUAAGUGCAGCAACAUUUUAAUGAAUAACAAGGGUGAGGUGAAGCUGGCAGAUUUUGGUCUGGCUCGCCUGUACAACGCCGAGGACCGGCAGAGACCUUACACCAAUAAGGUCAUUACGUUGUGGUACCGUCCUCCGGAACUUUUACUAGGGGAGGAACGGUACGGUCCCGCCAUCGACAUUUGGAGUUGUGGAUGUAUCCUCGGCGAAUUAUUCCAAAAGAAACCUCUGUUUCAAGCCAACGCGGAAAUGAUGCAGUUGGACAGGAUAUCCCGCUUGUGUGGCACACCCACACCAGCUGUAUGGCCUUCGGUAAUAAAACUUCCCUUAUUCCACACACUGAAACCCAACAAAUUGCACCGACGAAGGUUGCGUGAGGACUUUAAGUUGCUGCCAAAGUCGGCGUUGGAUUUGCUUGAUAAGAUGCUGGAAUUGGACCCCGAGAAACGUAUAACCGCCGAGGAGGCGCUGAAGUCGCCUUGGCUCAAAAACAUAAACCCUGAACAAAUAUCGGCACCGAAUUUGCCUCGACAAGAUUGCCACGAGCUGUGGAGCAAGCGCCGCAAAAAGCAGAUACGCGAGCAACAAGAGGCGAUGCAAAACCUGCCGCCGGGCAAGCCCCCUGGUGGCCGCAGUUCGGGAGACCUCAAACCUCUAGCCAAGCCUGACGAUCCAUCGGACGUCGGCGGCUCAUCUAAAGUCCUAAAAAUGGAAGCCUACGACGCGGCGGUCUUGUCCUACGCCCUGGCAACGGCCGCCUCCAAAAUAAAACCGGGACUGUUGGGCAUCGCUCCCAACAUACCGACGAGGCUGGCGGACGAGUCGCUUACGCCCCCGUCUAGGGAGGGAGCCAGGGACGAGUUCGAUGGCAGGAACUAUCUCUAUCAGUUAUUGUACAACGUGGAGCAGCUGGUUGUCAGCAGAAGCUACUUGCAGAUGUCCCACCUAAUGGAGAUCUGCUCCACGAAACAAACACAGUGGGAUCAACAAAUCUUAGCGCCUCUUGAAGCUCUGCACGGUGAAUUGCGACAAAUUUGCAAGACUCACUCAAACUCUUUAAACCAAUUGAAAAUUAGCUUUGAAGGAGAUGACAACAAUUCCGGGAUAAAACUAAAGAAUGAAGUUAUAAUGAAGACACUGAUUGAUCUUCUGAAACAAUUCGGGCUUACUUUAGGUGCAAGUUUAAUAAAAAGAUCGCUGACAUAAUGUCUAAUUUAGCGCCUUAUUAGUUUUGUAUAGUAUUUAUACAGCUAUUUAUAAUAUAUAUUUUUAAAUCCAAUUCUGAUUUUUGUGAUUUGUUAACCGUGAUUUGUAUACAUACACAUUAUUACAAUUAAUAAAUUAUUUUAAAAUAAACUAUGGAAAUACAUAUUGUAAAUUACUAUAAAAUAAACUAUUCAAACUAAAA